UUACGCGUUGACUCGGACUCGAGCGGGAUCAUCUAACCCGGCCAUACUAAUGAUGCCUAAAUGUCUCUCUGCCAUCGAAUUCGAUUGAUUCCGAUCUCUCGCGGCCAUGGCGACUCCGCCCACAAGCAUCGGAUUUCGUCUCCUCAUUUCCUUUCUGUUUUCGCUGUUCGUCGUCUCUGUCUCCUUCUCUCCGGCUGAUGAGUACCUCCUCGACUGCGGCUCCGCCGUCGACUCCACCGUCGACAACCGUCGCUUCGUCGUCGACUCUCCAGCGUCGAACGCGGCGUUCUUCUCAUCCGAUGGAUCGAUCUCUCUUCGAGCCGUAGAUCCAUCUCCGAACCUUCCCCAGAUUUACCGGACGGCUAGAGUUUUCACGAGACCCGCGAAAUACGAGUUCAACGUCGGGGAGAAAGGGACCCACUUGGUACGUCUCCAUUUCCAUCGGUUCAAUUCUUCGAAAAUCGAUUUCAGUGAAGCUGAAUUCCACGUUGUGGUUAACGGGUACGUCGUGCUUAGGAAUUUUAGUGGCGAAGACGAAUCGUCAACUAAGUUCGGUCCUAGGGUUAGGGAAUUCCUGAUCUGGGUCGAUGUCGGAAAGGUCGUUAUCCGGUUGGUUCCAAGUAAAGAUUCUAAAUUCGCGUUCGUUAACGCUAUCGAAGUUAUAUCUGCGCCUAGGGAUUUGAUAGCAGACGUAGCCACCUCCGUAUCCCAUGAUGGAACGGGGAAAUAUAAGGGUUUGAUACAUCAAGGGAUGGAAGUUGUGUAUAGAAUCAAUGUUGGGGGGCAGAAAGUUACCCCUUUUAAUGAUACAUUGUGGAGAACUUGGGUUCCCGAUGAUGAAUUUUUCAAAACCGGUGAAGGAUCCGACAAGAUCUACUUCUCCAGUAGGAUCAAGUAUAGGGCCGGAGGGGCAAGCCGUGAAGUUGGCCCGGACAAUGUAUAUAACACAGCUCGUGUGGUUAAAAGCAGGAACAGGUCGGUUCCUCAGGUCAACAUGACAUGGGAGUUCCCAGUGACAAAGGGCUACAAGUAUCUCAUCAGGAUGCAUUUCUGUGAUAUAGCUAGCAUGUCGCUGGGUAUGCUAUACUUCAACGUUUACAUCAACGGGAAUUUAGCUUACCAAGAUUUCGAUAUCUCGUACUUCACGGAUUACAUGCUGGCUUCGCCUUUUUACAUGGAUUUCGUGGUGGAGGUCGAUGAUCCUUCGGAUUUGAUGAGCAUUGGGGUUGGGCCGUCGAGUAAGAGCGUGGAAAAUGCAGUUGAUGCAAUCUUGAACGCAGUUGAGAUCAUGAAGAUGAAUAACUCAAUGGGUAGCCUUGAUGGGGACAUUCCUGCAGAGAUGAUACUGAGCCGUUGCCCAAACAGAAGAAACAUUAGCACUUUGAUAUCAGUGAUGGCCUUCAUGUGCAUAUUGACGAGUGUUUACAUUGUGGCGCGAAGGAGGAGAGUUAGGGAUGGAUUCGGCUGGUCAAAGUUGCCAGUGGAUGAUGUUCCUAGCGACGAUCUGAAGGCGUCCAGGAGGCCCUGAUGCUUCCGGUUCCUGGCAAAAGCCAUUAACUUACUCUGGGUACUCGUCAUCUUUUGUUAUAGUACAACGAAAUAUCUUCUGAAGAGUGUCGGUAUUAGUGAAUGUUAUACUAAUGUAUACGUUAUAUGUCUCGUGUUGUAAGUUCAAUUUCGCUUUAUAUGUAUAUCAUUGUCGAAAUUCUCGUUGCUCUUUUGGAUGGGAUUGUUUCUCUGCAUUUA